AUGGCAAGCACUACUUCACGAAGCGCGAUGUUCAACCAGGGAACCUACUACAUCGUCAACCGCAUGCUCUCUUCGUCUGGACAGAAGCUCGCACUGACCUUCAACGGGGAAAACAACACCGUCACCGUUACCCUCAUAAACGCAACCAAUCAGGCUUGGGCUAUCAGAGACUACAGUGACGGCAAGACCCAAACCGUAUCGCCGGUGUCUAGCCCACACUUGCAGAUUGGAAUGGGCUCAGGCGUGAUCAAAGUACUUUCUCCUGGAGGUUAUGUGUGGACCUUGAGGAACACGCCUUCGGGAGCCACGUACGUUCGAUCGACAAUUCAAGAUGGCGACGUGACCGUUUUCUGGGGUCUCCCCGAGGCUCAAGUAGACCAGGCAGUGGGGUUUGGAAAGGAGGCUGCAAAUGGAAAUCAACGUUGGGUCAUGAUCCCGGCGUAG